CUUUUCAGAAAAAUGGCACAUCUUAUCAGGAGAAAGAUGCUUUGGACAUUCCAAUACCAAAAUGUUCUCAGACUAUUUAUGCAGAAACCCAGACAAAUUGGACAUAGCACUGGAUUACUUCAAUAUUCCAAUGUGAAUGACAUUACUAAAGCAAUGUUUGCAACUUCAUCAAGAAUAUUCUCAAAUGUGAUUUCUGAAAUUGAUAAAGGCAAAAAACUGAAAUUAUUAGAUGAAAAAGAUGAAGUCAUCAAAGAUGAAGUAACUCACGAAGAAGCACACAAAGAGGCCAAAGAAAGGGACUUGAAGAUGACAAUCUUAAAAGAUCCAAAGACUAGUGAUAUGAUGGCCUUCAAAUUAAUGACAGUGGAAGAAUAUAAAGACUAUAAACUUGCUCAGCAGGGCAGGUUAAAGGUCAAAAGUUCCAAAAACUUUAAAAUAACAACCACGGCUUCUGAUUAUGACAGUGGUAUAACGUUAAGGAAAAUUGAAAAUGUGUUGACGAAAGGUCACCCGGUCAUAUUGACAGUCACAAGCAAGUCAGCAUCUUAUGCAGACAAAAAUGAGGCACUCAAUGCAUGUAAAAAGAAAACAGAGAAACUGAUCAACUACUUUGAGAGCAAGGGAUAUGCAGCCAAACAAGACCAUGGAUUUAUUAUUCAUAUUAGACAGAAGAAAUAACAAAUGACUGCUAUUAUAAUAAUGUUAAUUUAUUCAAUAAUACAAUAAAUCAUAUUUUUGCUA